AUUACAAUAAUCUCUCCUUCUCAACAUAAUCCUAGCUUUCAAUCAACCUCAUUUUUCUUUAUUAAGGGAAGAGAGAGAGAGGGGGACAGAGGUUUUCUGCUGCUUUCUUCUCUUCUUCUGUUCGUAGUUGUAGUGUUUUUGGGAUUCUUUGAGAGAGAGAGAUGGAGGUGGGAUUCUUAGGGUUAGGUAUAAUGGGAAAGGCCAUGGCUCUCAACCUCCUCCGCAAUGGCUUUAAAGUUACUGUCUGGAACAGAACUCUUUCUAAGUGUGAUGAGCUUGUGGAGCAUGGUGCCUCAGUUGGAGAAACCCCUGCAGCAGUGAUCAAGAAGUGCAAGUACACCAUUGCAAUUCUGUCUGAUCCUUCUGCUGCUUUCUCGGUGGUUUUUGACAAGGAUGGCGUGCUUGAAGAAAUAUGCAAUGGAAAAGGCUACAUUGAUAUGUCAACAGUUGAUGCAGAGACAUCAUCAAAGAUCAGUAAGGCAAUCACAGAAAAGGGCGGAUACUUCCUUGAAGCUCCAGUCUCAGGUAGCAAAAAGCCUGCUGAAGAUGGCCAGCUGGUCAUUCUUGCUGCUGGAGAGAAAACAUUGUAUGAUGAAGUAAUCCCAGCUUUUGAUGUCCUUGGAAAGAAGUCUUUCUUUCUAGGGCAAAUCGGGAAUGGAGCAAAGAUGAAACUUGUUAUCAACAUGAUCAUGGGCAGUAUGAUGAAUGCCUUAUCUGAAGGACUUGUUUUGGCCGAAAGAAGUGGACUCGAGCAGCAAAAGCUUCUGGAUAUAUUGGAUUUGGGGGGAAUUGCUAAUCCAAUGUUCAAGCAAAAAGGACCUGCAAUGAUCCAAGGUAGUUUUCCCCCUGCAUUUCCUCUUAAGCAUCAGCAGAAGGAUAUGAGGCUGGCUCUUGCCCUGGGGGAUGAAAAUGCAGUAGCAAUGCCGGUCGCUGCGGCAGCCAAUGAGGCAUUCAAGAAAGCUAGAAGCUUGGGGCUGGGUGACAAAGAUUUUUCAGCCGUGUAUGAGGUAGUGAAGGUUUUACAGCACUCAGCAGGUAAGUCGUGAUACGUGCUUAGAUACAGACUACACAUAUAGGCACUGGACAGAAGAGACUGCAAUGCAUAUUGUGAUGAGAACGAUUGAGCUCUACAUAUGGUUUGUUCAUCUUCA